UGCCAAGUCGUAAACUUGUAUGAUUAUAAGUAUUGAAACCUAAGGAAACACAUAAUCCUCCUGAAUCAGCUCUUAAAACUUAGACAGAAGCUAACAAUGCUGCGUAUCAUCUAUGGCCAUCGGAUUUGUAAUAUAAAGAAUGAAAUUAGUACGUAUGAUUAUGCGGAUUGAUGGGACAUGCAUAAUACUUAGUAGUAACUUUUUAGCUUUACAAAUUCAAGCCUUAGAUAGUAAGGUUAAGUCCAUUAUAUGCAAGAGUAAAAGUGGUCAAGGGAUUGCAUGAUCAAUAACUGCUUAGAAAACAAUUUAGAGUAUAAAAAUUAGCAAAAACCUUUAUAUUUUCCGAUUCGUGAAUCUAUAUAGAACAUGUGAUUAGCCGCCCAACUCGUUUUAUUUAGUCUACUAGUUUUAAGACAAAUAACAGUGUCAAAGUUGCUUGAUUUUCAUACAAAUUCAAACGCGCGCCCACCAUUUUCUGAAAAAAUGACGUCACGCUGUCAAAUCAGCUGUUCGCUUUGCAUAACCUACUAUCACUCAAUCGUGAUGAAAAACUAAUUGAGUUGAUAAUGCCUAAUUAAAUUAUGACUUAAUCAAUGUUUAUUUUUGUGUAGUUAGACAGGAGAAAUACCUAUUUAGGCUUGAAAAUACUUGUUAUAUUUGCAAGUUAAUAAGACUUCAAAAUAUAUAAAUUUUUUUGGUCAGCUGUUAUCAAAUACUGGAUCGACUUGAUAUUCUGUUAUCUGGAAGUAGGAAAAUAGAGAGAUAAGCAAGUCCGAUGUUUCAUGUACUCCUGCAGUCGCCAUUUGAUACGCACUCUGUCCGGACUGACACAUAAGAGUCAAUUCAUAUAAAAGACCAUUAUUGGUUUCCCCGUAUCGGCGACAUGAAACUGAUAAAAUGCCUGAUAAGCUUUUUGGAAUCCAGCUCUAAUGUUUGCCUACUCUUGUGGAUGACUCUAUGUGUGGUGAUCUAUGCCUACCUGCCGAAUAUGCCUCGAAUCGUGUCCCAACCAGAGAUCGCAGUGGAUCUGAGCAUGCCGUACAGUGAAGAUCCGCGUCAGUUGAUCGAUCUUUAUAAUUUUGAAUACAUUAUCGAACAGCCCUCGUGUGCGCCCCAUACCCAGGCGCUUAUCAUGGUGCACUCGGCGCCAGGUAACGUUGACAGGCGUUCAGCGAUACGGCAAACUUGGGGUCGUUUGGCGACCAAUUCAAGCUCUCAAUCCUCACUUCGUCUCGUCUUUCUCUUCGGCACUGUUGCGGAUGACGAGCUGCAGUCGUCGCUACUGGCGGAGCACGAGCAGCACAACGACUUGCUGCAGGGCAAUUUCUUGGAUGGCUACUACAAUCUAACCUACAAGCAUGUGAUGGCCCUCAAGUGGUUUCACACUCGUUGCGAGCAGGCGCCGCUGUUGGUCAAAGUGGAUGAUGACAUCUUUCUAAAUACGCCGCAGCUGCAGCAUCACCUGAGACAUCCAUCCUCACCAUGGAAUCCACUCUCUGCUCUUCAUUCUCAGCGGCAGCUGCUGCUGUGUGCCAUCAACAAGAAGGAUCGUGUAGCACGUUCCUAUUCCUCCAAGUGGCGUGUCGGUUUCCGGGAAUACCCUCAUCGUUACUAUCCGCCCUUCUGUCCGGGCUUUGCAGUCUUCUACUCCUCGCAGGUGGUCAAGCGACUCUACUUUGCUGCUCAACGCAGCAACUUUUUUCGACUGGAUGAUGUCCUGGUCACUGGCAUUCUCUCCAAGCGCUGUAACAUUACUCUAACAGAUCUCACAUCUUAUGUGCUAUAUCCGAAUAAACUGAAGCUGCUGCUUAAGGGACGCCUGGAUCCAGAAGAGUAUCUAGUUUCCUGGCACCAAAUGUCGUCGCAGCAGAUUUUUGGACUGGGGCAGCUACAUGGGAUGGUUAAUACAACAAAUACAGUAAAAUAAUUACAUAAUACAAGCUAAAAGAAGCUCAGCAACUCCUUGUGGCGCGAUAGAUCUCUCAGAUAAUGUACAUACAUAGAAAACUCAUUGAGCUUGUAAUAAAAUUUUUAAGUGUUUAGUUGCUAA